AUGUUGGUACUAGGUCACCGAACAAAAGAGGCCAGGGUUCAAUUCCUCGUUGCGGUACCUAAGGAAGCCAUGAAGAAGUUCAUUGAAGCAGCCAGGGAUGAUGCCGCUAACAUUCAGGAAGAAGUUUUGUUGAAUAAACGCGGAAGAUUCUACUGGCUCGAGAUGUGCUCCAGAAUUUUCCUGUGCAGUCCUUGUAAUCAGACUAAUACUUUAGGCGAAGCCCUGGCUAUGCGGGAUCUCAAAGACUAUCUGGAGGCGACAGACCCUGGUAACGACUUCCCUCGUGUUUUGGAUCAGAUUUGCCGUGACAGCGUCGGUCGGUCAGUGCGGGAGUUGGGAAGGGCACUGACUAAU